GCUUGGUGACCGACCGCCCCUCAUCCUGCAAAACGUUAACUCCAUGACAUCAAAGAUUCUCUCUUUCAAGAUCUUGCAUGUUUAAUCGUGGGCGUUUCGAGAAAUACAUGUUUUGCGUAGAUCAAUGGCCAGAACCAAAAAGGCUGUUUAAUGACGCAAUUAUUUGAGCGCGCGGUGUACUGGAUCGCUCUAGAAGGAUUUCCCACGUUCUCAAUUACCAAAAGCAGGCUGUGUUUUCUGGACCUGACAGAUAAAACGUGACACGGACCUGAUACAGGGUAUCAACUUCUAAAGCUUCGCGCACAGUAUUACAGACUAAACAAACCAAAAGGUUACGAUGAUAUACCUUGUUUUACUUUUCCUACCGUAUGUCUUCAGUGCUCGGAGUGAACGAAUGGUACUCACAGGAUAUGAAACAUUGAGUACGAGAAAUUUGACCAGAGAUAUUAAAAAAGUUCUAACAGUCGAUGGGAAAGAAUGUAAAUUCCCCUUCCGUCAGGGAGGAUCCAUUCACCACCACUGCAUCAGCAUCAGCUCAUCCAGAUCUUGGUGUUCUCUCACACACAACUUUGACCAGGACUCUUUGUGGGGCUACUGUUCACCUGAGACCACUCAACCCAGGGACCUGUGUCAGGUGAAUCCAUGCCAAAAUGGUGGCGUCUGCACUCAGGUCCCAAACCGACUAUCGUUUGACUGCUCCUGUCCUAAGAGCUUCACCGGGAGGCUGUGCGAUCAGAGGAAGUGCUUUGAAACCAUACACCUGAGAUAUUAUGACAAUGGAGAGUCCUGGGGGAGGAUUCACCUUCGCAACGUGGAGCGGUGUACAUGUGCAGACGGAGACAUCUCCUGUGAGAGAGUCCCCUACAUUGGCUGCAGCAAGAACCCCUGUGAGAACGACGGUGCCUGCCGGCUCCUCACUGCCACCAGGGAGGAGGUGUGUGCCUGCCGCGCUGGUUACAGUGGACCAUACUGCCGUAUUGAUUCCUCACAGAGAGUGGUGGUGCCGCUGCUGCCACUCAACUCCCCCGCCGAAACCAGCCCAGCUGAUCAGGCCAAGCCAGCCAAGAAGCCUGUGUGCGGGAAGAGGCACAACAGGAUCAUUCCGGGGCCCAUGGGGCGCAUCCUGGGCGGCAUCUCUGCCCAGCACGGCAGCCACCCCUGGAUGGCGGCCAUCUACAUAGGCGUUGACAGCUUUUGCGCGGGCACCCUGGUGGCCUCCUGUUGGGUGGUGUCCGCCGCCCACUGCUUCUUCCGCAGCCCCCUUGUGUCAAAGAUUCGUGUGAUUUUGGGCCAGCAUGAGUUCAACGUAACAACCCCUGACACCAGGACCUUUGGAGUGGAAAAGUACAUCUUUCCAAAGAGUUUCUCUGUCUACAAUCCAACUCUCCAUGACAUUGUUCUGUUAAAACUGAAGAAGAAGAAUGGCCGCUGUGUGAAAAAAAACAAGUUUAUACGGCCAAUCUGCCUGCCGGAUAAAGACAUGAUCUUCCCAGACCACUACUGCUGUCAGAUUUCAGGCUGGGGACACAAGUACGAGAAGCAGAAUCAAUACAACAACUUGCAGGAGGCUGGAGUGCGGAUCGUCCCAUUCAAGACGUGCACUAAGCCUGAAGUCUACGGCAACCACGUGACACCGAACAUGGUCUGUGCCGGCAUCAACCGAUGUGUGGACGCCUGCCAGGGUGACUCAGGAGGCCCCCUAGCCUGUGCAAAGGAUGAUGUCAGCUUCCUGUAUGGUGUCAUCAGCUGGGGCGAAGGCUGUGGAAAUACUGGGAAGCCUGGCGUCUACACCAAAGUUGUUAACUAUGUGAACUGGAUCAACACAAUUAUUAAGCGCAAGCCCAAGACUGAAUAAAA